CGCAGCGCGCAGAGCGUGAUAGUCUACGACAGCGGGCUGCUGUUGACGGAACUUUCUGCGCAACGAAAAGAACAACUCCAAAUAGAGCAACUGGAAACUGGAUUUAUUGCUGAUAAUAUAUUUUUCCACAUUUUUCUUGCAUGUUUUUUUUUGAAAACAGGAUCCAGCGUGCUUGAAGUGUUGAGCUACCUUUCUCUGCGUGAUAUAGCGCUGUCCGAUUUCAGAUCGUCGCCUCUGUUCAUCUCUAGUUUGGUGCACACGUCUUUAGCUGUUAACUUCAUUUGAGGAUUUACAGUUUCUGGGACAUAAUGGUAUAUUUUUCCACGCAUUUGGAAAAACUAAUCGCCCGACAACGCACGUAUUCUGCCCUGGAUUUACAAUAAUCUUUACGAGUGAUAUGUACGGACUUUAAUGCAUUCUGAUAAUUUCUUGGAUGGAUGUGUCUUCGUGGUAUAUUGGUUGAUGGAUUCGACAUGGACAGUUGCAUAUACCGAUAGGAUUUCAGAUGCACGCCAAGUCCUCGGUGAAUGUCGGAAGUGGUGAUUGGCCCAGAUGGAGCUCCUAGGUCAGCAUGAUGCCGGCGGUCCACUAGUGAUCCAGCAGGCGUCCCUGGAGAGCCGGCCGAGGGCGGACUAUGAGAGGGAGUUCCAGCGGGCGGCCAUCCUCUCGCUCGAUCAGAUCAAGGCCAUCCGGUCCAGCAACGAGUACACGGAAGGGCCCUCUGUGGCCCGGAGGCCCGUCCCGCGGCCCGCGCCGAGGCCGGAGAAGCCCCAGGAGAGGACUCACGAGAUCAUCCUCGUCAAUGUGAACAACAACAACUACGAGCACCGGGCGCAGCACGGCGGCCGCCUGCCGGUGCUUAGCAGGUCCACCAGCACGGGGAGCGCAGCCAGCUCGGGGAGCAACAGCAGCGCCUCCUCCGAGGCCGGGCUGCUGGGGCGCCCGGCACCAGCGAGGCCCGGGACGGCCCGCCGUGCGGACCGCGCCGUUCGGACUCAGCCCAAGCCCUCUGGGCCUCCGCCGGAGGAGGAGGCGCUGAAGCCGGCGGGGAGGGAGGACACCCCCGGGCACCAGUUCAUCUGCGAGCGGUGCGGGAAGUGCAAAUGCGCGGAGUGCACGGCCCCCCGGACCCUCCCCUCCUGCCUGGCCUGCAACGGCCAGUGCCUCUGCUCGGCCGAGAGCCUGGUGGAGCACGGCACCUGCAUGUGCCUGGUGAAGGGGAUCUUCUACCACUGCUCCAAUGACGACGAGGGGGACUCGUGCGCCGACAGCCCCUGCUCGCUCUCCCGCUCGCACUGCUGCUCGCGGUUCCUGUGCAUGGGAUUAAUGUCCACCCUCUUCCCCUGUUUACUGUGUUACCUGCCCGCCAAGGGCUGCCUUAAGACCUGCCAGGGCUGCUACGACCGGGUCAAGCGGCCAGGCUGCCGAUGCAAGAACUCCAACACGGUCUACUGCAAACUGGAGAACCGCUCCCCCGGGAGCCCGGAAAAGCCUUCCUGAUUCGCAUUACCAGAGAAGGAUUUAUAAACACAGACGAUAAUGAUAACGAUAACAAUAAUGGUUAUUAUUGUCUAUCCAAAUUUAAGCACCUCCCACCCCCUCCUUUCUCCACAGAAGUUGUCUAUAUUCGGAGCAAGCAUGGAGUAUGAAACCACUUUUUUGUGAAAGAACUCUAGUACAAACCAGUGUUUGCCUUGCCUUUUCAUUGUAUCUUAUUGAGAUACUCAUUAACACUCAUUGUAAAGGAUUUUCUUUCAUUAGGGGAAGAGUUUCCCUGUGCUUCAAGCUUUGUGUGAGAGCAGCCUCUUACCAAAAUCUGUGAAGGACUAUCUAGACAAUAUGUAGCUGUUACCAGAUAUCCAUAGCAACCGAGAUUUUUUUUAAGUAACUGGUUGACACCAAACUAAGGCUGUGGUUAAGUGUUGCUUACUGGCAUUUUGGAAAGUUCAUUUAUCUCAUAGUAUUUUCAUCAGUUAUGUCCUUCUCCCCACUUUAAAAUUCUACAUUCUUUCUCUGUUCUGUCAAGGACCACAUCCACACAAUUUUCCUCCUUUUUUUCUUUUGUAAAUUUUAUGUAUAAAUCCUAAAGACAAAU